UUUUUUGGAAAAAAUAGUGAAAAAGUUUUGUGAUGGUUUCUUUGAGUGAGUGACUGAAUUUGAAGAGGAAGCAGAAAAAAAGAAAUGAAAAAUUGACGUGUGUGGUGUUUGUGUGGCUGAGAUUUUCAAAGUAGUUUCAAACCAUGGAGUCGAGCGCCGGCGGCAUCAGCGGCGGCGUUACGGUGGUCGGAUCAGAUGCUCCGUCGGAGUAUCAAAUAGCUCCGAGGACAGAGAACCCUUCUCCAGCAGGAGGAUCGGCCGCGCCAAUCCCUGCGCCAGCUCCGACGAACCAAGGCGGUGCUCUGCCGCAUCCUCCGCCACAUAUGGCGAAGAUGACAUCGCCUCCGGCAACAGCGCUAGGGAAGAAAAAGAGAGGGCGGCCCAGAAAGUAUGGCCCAGACGGGUCAGUGGUGGCGCUGUCCCCAAAGCCAAUAUCGUCUUCGGCACCGCUGGCGUUGCCGCCGGUGAUCGAUUUCUCGGCGGAGACGAAGCGCGGGAAGGUGAAGGCAGCUGGUACCGUGAGCAGAGCCAAGUUUGAGGUUGAGAAUUUAGGUGAAUGGGUUGCAUGCUCGGUUGGUGCUAAUUUCACACCCCAUUUCAUCACUGUUAAUCCUGGGGAGGAUGUUACUAUGAAGGUAAUAUCAUUUUCUCAGCAAGGCCCACGAGCUAUAUGCAUUUUGUCAGCAAAUGGAGUCAUAUCAAGUGUUACACUUCGUCAGCCUGAUUCUUCUGGUGGCACAUUGACGUAUGAGGGACGUUUUGAAAUUCUAUCUCUAAGCGGCUCGUUCACACCAAGUGAAAGUGCAGGAACACGAAGCAGAUCGGGUGGCAUGAGUGUCUCUUUAGCAGGUCCAGAUGGACGAGUUAUAGGUGGUGGAGUCGCUGGUCUAUUGGUGGCUGCAAGUCCCGUGCAGGUAGUGGUUGGAAGUUUUCUAGCAGGGAACCAACAUGAGCAAAAGCCAAGAAAACCAAAACCUAAUAUUAUAGCAUCAACUGUGAUGCCGGCUGCGAGUGUUCCUGUGUCAACGGCCGAUCCAGUUGCUGUUCUGCAAUCGCAGGCUUCCUUCCGAGGAGAUAGUUGGUCUGCUGUUCCUGCAGAUGUGAAUAAGAACAAGCCGGCGGACAUUAAUGUGUCGCUUCCUGGAGAGUAAUUAAUUGAUGCCGGGCGCUAUUCUGGCUUCGAUCCAAUCUGCCUUCAUGAUUGCUGCUGACAAUGUGGUAAUUGGGUUCCUAAUUGUUGGUUGGACUUGUUUAUUUCGUUAUGUCUGUAACAUUAUUGAAUGUGUUAUUUUGGAACCGUAAUGUUUUCAGAGGCUCACUAGGUUCUUGUCCAUGUAGAAUUGAUUUAGCUGAUUAGGUAUGUUUUCUUCAUGAAUUUAUGUCAUUAGAUUGUUAAAAGCGAAUUUAUUCCUUCUAUGAUGACAAUUUAAUUUGAGAAUGAUUUGAUUGAUUUCUAAUCUUUUGAAUUCAAACUCAAACUGGUCAACCCAUGUCCUUAAAUGUUCCAUGUUAACCAUUGCUACUUGCAAAUUGGGAAACUAAUCAUUACUAACAAGGAAGAGUAUUACAAUCAACGAAGGUUCAUUUUUAGGGGCACUCUACUUGCU